AUGGAGCAACAAGAGAUAUUUGAGAAAUUCACAUGGAAGGUUGAGAAUUUCUCUCGGUUAAAAAAGGUUUACUACGAGUAUUUUGUCCUAGGAGGCUAUCCAUGGAGGAUUUGCCUGAAUCCAGUGGGUCCAUUUCGUGAAGGCUUGGGAAUAUUUUUGGAGGCUGUGGAAACUGAUAAUAUGUCUGAGGGAUGGAACAGAGAUGUUAAAUUUAAGUUGCUUCUAUUCAAUCAAGUGAAUGCCAACAUCACAGUCACAAAAGAAUUUCAUCACGAAUUUAAUGAAAAAGAGAAAGUUAAAGGUGCAUUCGGUUUUAUGAAAACCAGACAGCUUCGUUAUCCCGAAAAUUUUGUUGUGAAUGAUGUUUGUAUUGUUGGUGCAGAAGUUUUGGUUUGUAAGUCAACACAUGAGAAACAAGUAUAUCAAACAGUUAACUUAAUUUCAUCCCUCACAUUUGGAAGUCAAGUUGGUCAUAUGGAAGCGGAAGUCAUAGGACAAAAUCCUUCAACUGUUUCCAUUGAACCUACUAAAGAUAGUAAUGUGGAGUCUAUGUUUGCUGGAUUCAGAAGAGUUCUUUAUUUCCUUCAAACUAAAAAAGUAAAAGACAUGAAUCAAAAGGGAUGUAAGGAACUUCGAGUUUUAUGGGAUGAAGUAAAGAAAUUUAAAUUUGAUCUUACUUGGCUAAUGGCUCAUGUUCAAUAUGCUUUGGGAAUGCAAGGUUUUGUGGAGAAAGCUGUAGAAGUGGAGAAAUUGAAAGACACUUUGUUGGUUUUAGAGCUUGAAACAACGAGGAUAAAGGAAAAGUUGGUUAGAGCUGAGAUAAGUUUGGAUGUUGAGAGAGAGGUGUUGAAAGCAAAAGGUGUCAAAGAAAUAGGUUUAACUUGUGAUUUGGGAUGUGGCACUUGGAAAGGAUAG